CAGUAUGGAGCUCAGUCAACUUCCUCUUGUGCUCUUGCUGAUUUCAAACGUCUACUCUCAACAUACUGAAGAAAGACCAAAACCCAAAGUGACCAUCAAACCUGAUGAACAUGUAUUCAGAGGAGAGACAGUCACUCUCAGAUGUGACAUAUAUAGUGAAGGAGUCACUAGCUGGCAGUACAUCUGGUAUAAAGAUGGUUCAUUCUACACUUUCAGUGAACUACAGGAACUCACAUUCAGUCCUGUUACUGAGUUUGAUGCAGGUAAAUACUCCUGUUAUAGAUCAGAGAGAGGAGUAUCAAGCAGCUCAUAUAUCAGUGAUGAAGUUACACUGACAGUAUCAGUUCCCAGAGCAGUGUUAAGUGUUUCUCCACAGAAGUGGCUGACUGAAGGAGAUCCAGUGACUCUGAUCUGUCAGGUCAACGGCUCCUCUACAGGCUGGACAUUCAGCUGGUACACUGAAACUGUCUCAUCAGCCAACAGCAUUCAUUAUAAGCGGCUCUCAGACAGCAGCAGGGGAGCUGGAGGAAACUACACUGUCAGUUCUGCUGCUCUAAAACACACAGGAGUUCAUGUGUGCAGAGCAGAGAGAGGAAAACCAGCUUAUAACUCAACCAUCAGCAACACACAGUUAAUAUGGGUCACUGGUGUUUCUCCUCCAGUCUCUCUGAUCGUCAGUCCCAGCAGAACUCAACACUUCACAACUGACUCUCUCUCUCUGAGCUGUGAGGACCAGAGUAACUCUACUGGAUGGAGAAUGAGAAGAUACAGAGACAGUGGGCGGCUGGAAGGUUGUUCAUCAGUUUGGGGAUCACAAACAGGAUCUACAUGUACAAUCAGAUCCACCAUCCCAAAGGACACUGGAGUGUACUGGUGUGAGUCUGAAUCUGGAGAGAAAUAUCAUCCUGUUAAUAUCACUACACUUUUGUCAGUUGAUGUUUGCUCUGUUUCUGUAGUUGGUGUGAUUCUGGAGAGUCCUGUUCAUCCUGUGACUGAAGGAGAAACUCUGACUCUACGCUGUUUAUAUCAUCAUUCAACCCCACCAAACCUCAGAGCUGAUUUCUAUAAAGAUGGAUCACUCAUCCAGAAUCAAACUACAGAGAUGAUCAUCCCUGCUGUCUCAAAGUCACAUGAGGGUUUCUACUCCUGCAAACACACAGAGAGAGGAGAGUCACGCAAGAGCUGGAUCUCAGUCACAGCUUCCUCCAGAACAUCAGGAUCUGAUGGUUUCAAUCCUGUGAUAGUUGGAGUGACUGCUGGACUCACAUUUUUAAUCAUUGUCUUCUUGGUCCUGCUGUGGCGCUACAGAAACAACAAAGGUGAAAGAUCUCAGUCUGCCUCCAGUGUCAGUCAACAGCAGAACAGCAGUCAGACAUCAGAGCAGAACCAGAGUGAAGCGGGACAUAAAGCACUCAUGUCUGGAACUGCUCAUAUUUAUGAUUCUCUUGAUGCCACAACUAACAAAAACAUAAGCACAGACAUUGUAAGUGGACCUACUGAAGUCACCUAUGCUGAGAUUGAACUCAAAUCUACAGAGAAACAGAAGAAAAAGAAAGAAAACAAAGGAGAAACUCUGACUCUACGCUGUUUAUAUCAUCAUUCAACCCCACCAAACCUCAGAGCUGAUUUCUAUAAAGAUGGAUCACUCAUCCAGAAUCAAACUACAGAGAUGAUCAUCCCUGCUGUCUCAAAGUCACAUGAGGGUUUCUACUCCUGCAAACACACAGAGAGAGGAGAGUCACGCAAGAGCUGGAUCUCAGUCACAGCUUCCUCCAGAACAUCAGGAUCUGAUGGUUUCAAUCCUGUGAUAGUUGGAGUGACUGCUGGACUCACAUUUUUAAUCAUUGUCUUCUUGGUCCUGCUGUGGCGCUACAGAAACAACAAAGGUGAAAGAUCUCAGUCUGCCUCCAGUGUCAGUCAACAGCAGAACAGCAGUCAGACAUCAGAGCAGAACCAGAGUGAAGCGGGACAUAAAGCACUCAUGUCUGGAACUGCUCAUAUUUAUGAUUCUCUUGAUGCCACAACUAACAAAAACAUAAGCACAGACAUUGUAAGUGGACCUACUGAAGUCACCUAUGCUGAGAUUGAACUCAAAUCUACAGAGAAACAGAAGAAAAAGAAAGAAAACAAAGGUAAUACCAGUGAAAGUUCAGACACCGUGUACUCUCAACUGAAUCUGGUAACCCAUCAAUGCUACCUUAAGGAUGUUACUGAGGAUGUCCUUUUGGUAGCAGUGACAUUAAAAACAGACAGAGUGGUGACACAGCUCUGGAGAAACAACAAACGCAGGAUGUCAUCUCUUGAGCUCACUAUUGAGGGUGUUAUCGGAGGCUCUGUUGUCUUGCCUUGCUCUUCCACUGAGAAUGAGCUUGAAAUUGAAGGCAAAGGAGUGACAUCUGAACAGAGCCAAGCCUACAAGAACAGAGCUGAAAUGUUUCCGGACCAGUAUGUGAAUGGCAACUUCACACUGAAACUCAAUAACCUUACAUCUGCUGAUUCAGGGAUCUACUACUGCUAUAUCAGCCCACUAACACUUUGGAAAGUACAGCUCCGCGUUAAAGGUGUGUAA